AGGGCUCAGUUGCCUGGAGCCCGUUCAGCCCAUCCCCCAGUUCACUUUGCUUGUGGGAUCUCCCCGUUGCUCCUGCCCGUGGACUGAGUGGCAGGCCAUCCUACAAGCACCCGGACACUUGACAUCAGUGGUGUCAAGACAACUCUAAGAAGGUUUUCCGUGAUCCCGCAAGCCCUGCGGUCCUUCCUGGGAUCCUGCCUUCAAUUUGAUUGCACAGGUACCACAGCAAGCCAGUGCUGUGUGCUCCGAGUUCCAGGGCGUCCUCCAGCUCAGCCACUGCACUGAGAACAUGGACUCUCUGUGGGGCCCAGGAGCCGGGAGUCACCCCUUUGGGGUCCACAACACCCGGCUGUCCCCAGACUUGUGUCCAGGGAAGAUAGUGUUGAGGGCCCUCAAGGAGAGCGGGGCAGGGAUGCCUGAGCAGGACAAGGACCCUAGAGUCCAAGAGAAUCCUGGUGAUCAGAGAAGGGUCCCCGAGGUCACCGGGGAUGCAUGGUCUGCAUUUCGGCCCCUGCGGGACAAUGGAGGCCUCUCUCCCUUUGUGCCCAGGCCCGGGCCUCUGCAGACAGACCUCCAUGCCCAGAGGUCAGAAAUCAGACCUAACCAGACAUCCCAGACCUCCUGGACGAGCUCCUGCACCAACCGAAAUGCCAUCUCCAGCUCCUACAGCUCCACGGGAGGCUUGCCGGGGCUAAAGCGGAGGAGGGGGCCAGCCUCAUCCCACUGCCAGCUGACCCUCAGUUCCUCAAAGACAGUGAGUGAGGACAGGCCUCAGGCUGUCUCUUCAGGUCACACCCAGUGUGAAAAGGGAGCAGAUAUAGCACCAGGGCAGACACUCACCCUCAGGAAUGACUCCUCCACAUCCGAGGCCUCUAGGCCCAGUACACACAAGUUUCCCCUGCUGCCACGCAGGCGAGGGGAGCCUUUGAUGCUGCCACCUCCCUUAGAGCUGGGGUACCGGGUUCCUGUUGAAGACCUUGACCGGGAGAAGGAGGCGGCAUUCCAGCGCAUCAACAGUGCGCUGCAGGUUGAGGACCAGGCCAUCUCGGACUGCAGACCCUCACGGCCUUCCCACACUUUGUCCUCACUUGCAACAGGGGCUUCUGGUCCGCCUGCGGUUUCUAAAGCACCCAGUAUGGAUGCACAGCAGGAGACACACAAGUCCCAAGACUGCCUGGGCCUACUGGCCCCCUUAGCAUCUGCUGCAGGGGUCCCCUCUACAGCUCCCAUGUCUGGGAAGAAGCACAGACCACCAGGCCCCCUGUUCUCCUCCUCAGAUCCCCUUCCUGCCACCUCUUCCCAUUCCCAGGACUCAGCCCAGGUCACCUCGCUGAUUCCUGCCCCCUUCCCAGCUGCAAGCAUGGAUGCGGGCAUGAGAAGAACAAGGCGUGGCACUUCUGCUCCUGCAGCUGCCGCAGCAGCCCCUCCCCCCUCCACAUUGAACCCCACGUUGGGGUCACUACUGGAGUGGAUGGAGGCCCUUCACAUUUCUGGGCCUCAGCCACAGCUGCAGCAGGUGCCCAGAGGUCAGAACCAGAGAUCCCAGACCUCCCGGACCAGCUCGUGCCCCAAACGAAAGGCCAUCUCGAGCCCCUACAGCUCUACGGGAGGCCUCCCGGAACUAAAGCGGAGGAGGGGGCCAGCCUCAUCCCACUGCCAGCUGACCCUCAGUUCCUCAAACACAAGGACCGAAGCAGAGGGUGCUGUUUCAACGCCACCACCAGGAGAGAGGCAGAGGGGCUGUGCCGUGCUAGAGUCCUCAGGGAGGGAGUGACCUCGACCCUGGCUGUGCUGCAAGCUGACUCCAGCCUUGGGGUCAGCAGCACCCGGUGAACAGCAGCAGGAGGAGCCGCUAGAGCAGCUGCUCGUGGGCAGAGCUGCCCUUGGACAACUCCUGCCACCACCCCCUCCCCAGAGGAGCCCAAGGCAGGGGAGGCUCAGCAUGGAAUGAAACAGGGGAGUGAGGGACACAAGGAGGUGGGAAGUGGGAGGGUCCCAGCCCCACCAAGUACGCAGAGACCCCCUCGUCGUCCUGGACACCACAGGGACACCUGCAGGCUGGGAGACCAGGUCCUCUGCGCAUGGGCCCGG